AGUUCCUUUCUCUUGUCUUGACGAUUGUUACUCAACUCCUGGUGUGUACCUCCUCUCUUUCGCGAUCUCAUUUUCAGAUACUAAGCAAAUCAUCAUCUUCAGUCUCAAAUCUCCUCCAUGAACUCAUUCAAAUCUCAUCAUCAUCAAUUUCAAAUCUUAGAAAUCUGAACCCCAUUUUUUAUAAUUUAAUUUAAUUAUUGAAUAAUGAAGCAACUACAUAAACAAUCAAGUUUGAAUCACAGAAGAGAUGAAGAAAAUCAAGGAUCAUCAUCUCAUGUUACAUCACCGUAUUCAAACAAAACCCUAAAGAAUUCAAGAACCUUACCUAGAUCUUUAUCUUACCUUUUGAAAGAACAGAGACUCUUAUUUGUUCUCGUUGGUAUUUUAAUUGCUUCUUCUUUUUUUAUCCUGCAACCUACUCUCACUAAACUUUCUCCAUCUGAAUCUCAUUUUACUCGCACAUUCGUUCCUCACAUUGCUAAUCGCGACGAAAUUUCCGAUCAAUACAGUGGCGGUGGUGACGUUAAUCCUGCGUUUAGUGGUGGUUUUGGCACUGGUGUUGGAAACGGUGGAUAUAGUUCUAGUGGUGGAAGAUUCAGUGGAGGAGACGUGAAUGCUGGAAUGGGAAAUUAUAGGUCUGGUAAGGUCGAGAGAGUUCCGAUUUCGAUACCAGGGAAGAGAUUGAGGAUUGUUGUGACGGGUGGAGCUGGAUUUGUGGGAAGUCAUCUAGUGGAUAAACUAUUAGGAAGAGGUGAUAGUGUAAUUGUCAUUGAUAAUUUCUUUACUGGUAGGAAAGAAAACGUGAUGCAUCAUUUUGGGAAUCCAAGAUUUGAAUUGAUAAGACAUGAUGUGGUUGAACCAAUUUUGUUAGAAGUGGAUCAGAUUUAUCAUUUAGCUUGUCCUGCUUCACCUGUUCAUUACAAGUUCAAUCCAAUCAAAACUAUCAAGACAAAUGUGAUGGGAACUUUGAAUAUGUUGGGUUUGGCUAAGAGAAUUGGUGCAAGGUUUCUUUUAACAAGUACUAGUGAGGUUUAUGGUGAUCCACUAGAGCACCCUCAGAAGGAGACUUACUGGGGAAAUGUGAAUCCAAUUGGUGUGAGGAGUUGUUACGAUGAAGGCAAACGAACAGCUGAAACUUUAGCAAUGGAUUAUCAUAGAGGAGCAGGUGUUGAGGUGCGCAUUGCCCGCAUUUUCAAUACAUAUGGACCACGUAUGUGCAUUGAUGAUGGACGUGUUGUUAGCAAUUUCGUUGCUCAGGCGCUCCGAAAGCAACCGCUAACAGUCUAUGGUGAUGGAAAGCAAACACGAAGCUUCCAAUAUGUUGCUGAUUUGGUGGAUGGACUGGUAGCCCUAAUGGAAGGGGAUCAUGUCGGACCUUUCAACCUGGGCAACCCAGGAGAGUUCACUAUGUUAGAGCUUGCUGAGGUGGUGAAACAAACAAUUGAUUCUAGUGCGACAGUGGAGUUUAAACCAAACACUGCUGACGAUCCACACAUGAGGAAACCAGACAUUACCAAAGCAAAGGAACUGCUGAAUUGGGAGCCAAAAAUUUCACUGAAUGAAGGCCUGCCUCGGAUGGUCACUGAUUUUCAGAAGCGAAUAGACGAGGAAACACAAAGACUUUUAAGGAUAAAAUAGAUAGUAGUAUUGGAGCAACUUCUGUUGUACAGAGAGAGUCACCUGCCAAUUGGUUUUGUUGUUUGCCUUUAUAUGUCCUGGUUAAUUUUUGCAAGGGCCGGUCGCAUAAGCGGCCAAAGAGUCGCUUUGGGGCGUCCCUCAUUUUUGAUGACCCUCAUUUUUUAUUUUUCCAGAAUUGAUGCUGUCACAUGCAGUGUGCUUAGACCCUGUCUAAAUUUUUAUUGCAGCAACAUUGAGAGGAAUCAAGAAUGAAAUUCACUGAAUGUUUUCCUCGUC